AUGGACGCAAAGCCACAACGCCCUGCGAGGGCUCUCCGUGUACGCGACGAGAACGCGCUACCCCAAUUACCAGCUGGAAAGGCUCUGCACUCGCGCGGAAAGUCAACACCAGCACUAUCUACACUGAUGCAGGUCGGAGGCAUCAAGGCGGUCGCAGCCAAGCGGACCGUGUUUGGCGAUGUCAGCAAUACUACACGGCAGCCUGUAGCAAAGGAUGACAUGCAGGUCACCGGAAAGAAGAAGGGCCUCGAGGUGCUCAAGGAAACCUCUGCCGUCACAGUCAAGGAAAUCACGAAGCCUGGUGCAUUAGCACGACCGGCGCAACGCCCUCUAGCAAACGUCACAACAAAGACCAACGCGUCAAUGGAGACAAGUGAAGUCGCGUCUGCUGUUCCCAAGCAUGUCAACGCCAACCAACCGACGGCCGACGCCCGCAAAGCCCUGUCCAAGAAGUCCUCCACAGCUGUUUUCAAGGAGCCGCAGCCAGAACCCCUUAGCGACACAACUCUUGUAAAUGUACCUGCUCGCCAACCUCUCCUUACCCAGCCAUCUUCAUUUCCCAACGUGGACCGUGCCCCAGCACAGUCCCAGCAGGCAGCGACCAUCCCUGAAGAGGAAGAGAAGACCGAGUCAAAAAAUGGGGCGGACGACAGGUACGAAUACCUGGAUGCGUUAGAGGAGCAGGCGCGCGUCCUGGAACAAGAACGCAACGAAGAGCUUGCCAAGGUCAACGACCUCGACCAAGAAGAGUACUGGGACGAGGAGGAAGAUGAGGAGUACUAUGAUGCCGACGGCUACACUACUGCUCGUUCUCUUCGAUCGCGUGGCGACAACACGACUGGUGGUGUUACCCUGGUCCUUGCGCCUAGGAUCACUGCAAAGACAAAACGCGAGCUAGAGGCUGCUAAGAUAUUCGUCGAGGCAAAUCGGAGUGACGAAGAUGUGGAAGACGAGCAGUGGGACACCUCCAUGGUCGCUGAGUACGGUGAUGAGAUCUUUGAAUACAUGCACUCUCUUGAGGAGCGCAUGAAGCCAAACGCUUCUUAUAUGGAUCACCAGGCCGAGAUACAAUGGUCGAUGCGAUCAGUAUUGAUGGACUGGCUUGUCCAGGUCCACAACCGCUUCACCCUUCUUCCGGAAACACUUUUCCUCGCUGUCAACUAUGUCGACCGUUUCCUCUCAUGUAAGGUGGUCUCACUCGGCAAGCUGCAGCUGGUCGGCGCCACUGCUCUCUUCGUCGCUGCCAAAUACGAGGAGAUCAACUGUCCUUCAGUGCAGGAGAUCGUAUACAUGGUCGACGGUGCUUACACUGCCGACGAGGUUCUGAAAGCUGAGCGCUUCAUGCUUAGCAUGCUUCAGUUUGAACUGGGUUGGCCCGGCCCAAUGAGCUUUCUCCGCCGCAUCAGCAAGGCAGAUGACUACGACCUGGAGACUCGUACUCUAUCAAAGUACUUUUUGGAGAUCACCGUUAUGGAUGAGCGCUUUGUCGGUUGCGCUCCCAGCUUUCUGUCCGCUGGUGCUCACUGUCUCGCUCGCUUCAUGCUGAAGAAGGGUGACUGGUCGCAAGCACACGUACAUUAUUCUGGAUACACAUUGACCCAACUUCGCCAACUCAUAACGGUAAUCCUUGAGUGCUGCGACAAUCCCCAGAAGCACCACGCUGCUGUGUACGAGAAGUACACUGACAAGCGCUAUAAGCGUGCUUCCAUCUUCGUAGAGGCGGAGGUCUCAAAGGGCUUCUCUCUGCCCUUUGUGUCUAGGGACAGCCUGGCGAGCCAAACAUGGAGGCGAAAGUGA